AUGUCUAUGAUCCCCAUUUACCCUUACCUAAUACCCUACAAUAAAUUCCUUGUUGUUGCCUUCGCCCUUUUGGCUGUUGCCCACGCACAGUACAACUAUGCUCCAGUGGAGAUCCCAGCACCAGCUCCUCUGCCCGUUAAAGUGGCCCCAGCUCCAGUGCCAGUGAACACCUACAUUCCCCCAGCACCUGCACCAGUUCCAGUCGCCGCCCCCGUAAAGGUUGCACCUGCUCCAGUGCCCGUGGCUGCUCCUGUCAACUCUUACAUUCCUCCAGCUGCUCCAGUUCAUCAUGUCCAUGUUGAGGCUCCUGCACCAGCACCAAUCAAAAUCGAAGAGCCUGUCCCAGCUCCCGUCAACUCUUACAUUCCUCCUGCUGCUCCCGUCCAUGUUCAUGUUGAGGCUCCAGUCGCUGCUCCUGCCCCCGUCAAGGUUGCGCCAGCACCUGCCCCAGUCCCAGUUUUGGCCCCACAGCCCGUUUUGGAGGAAAUUGAACCCGUUUCCGCCGAUGGUUACCGUUACAAGACCAUCCGUCGUCGUGUCGUCCGUCGUCGUUACUAG